GGAAUGAAUAACACUAUUUUAGUGAUAGUCCUCUCGAGUAGUUGUUUUCUUUUGUUUUUGGUUCGUUUAACUGUCUUGUUUUAGGAUUAUGAAUACUUCAAGAAGUUAUUCUAGUGGAAUGCGUUCAAAAGAUUUGUGUAAAGUGAACAGUUGUGCAGAAUUUGGAUAUUCAUCCGUCUUCGCUGACAUGGAUUCAACCGUAGACAACUCUCCACUGUGGGGAGCCACCCAAUUAAGCUAUCCCGAUUUCAACCGUCAGUGGACCGAUGGUGGUGAUCCGCAUCAGCAAGCUAUACAAUGUCAAUCAGGAGGAUAUCAGCCGUAUUCAAUGGCACCGAUCGAGGGCAAUUAUACCGAAUUACGAACAUCACCGGAAGUCGUCGAGGCAGAUUCCACCAUUGCAGAACACGGUGGAGCGAUGUAUCAUGGAUACCAGCAUCUACCAACGGGUGUCGCUGCCGGGGACUUGUUUCCGGUUCCUACUGGUGGUUAUCAACCGAGUUUUGUAUCACAGCUUCCGUUUUCUAACAGUAACAAUGUUUUGUUGCCAGAGGGUGUAUCGUAUCCGGUGGCCGAGUCUGGUGCCCCUGGACAGAACAUGUCUCCGGAUGGAGGAUACUCUUCAGGGAACUCGGAAUACUACACAUCGUAUCAACUAGUGCCACAAGCUUAUGCAGCUGGAUCGCCUUAUCAAAACGUGGAUUCUCCGCCAGAUACCGAAAACGUGAAAUAUGAAGUGGUUGAAGUGAAGGAAGAGCCAGACGUGUAUCGAAAUGAUCAGUAUUUUAUGGAAUAUGUGCAGCCAAGUGUGAAUGUUAACCAAGGACAAAAGAGUAAACCGAUUAUUCAUGGCAAUGUUUUGAUAAAACCGGCUACCAAUAAGCAAGAAUCAGAAUUGAAACGUGUAGAAUUUGAAGUUCUAGGAGUGCAUAAUCCUAUGAACUAUCCACUCAAUAUUCCGUUACCGCAAGAGCAUGCCCCGUUGAAUCCACAACAACAGCUACAACAUUCCGGAAAGCCCAUAGUACAGCUUAAGGUCAAUUCAACAAAACCACUGGCCAAGGCUCAGACCAAUCAACGGAAGCAGCGUAGAUCACGUCCAUAUCCGGCUGUGGCAUUUGAUCAGCAACCAUCAAUUGACUUAGACCCAUCAGACCCCUCGCCAAAGUUCCGUAUACCACAGGGAAGUCCGCUUCCAGCUUAUAAUAAACCGGAGGAGGACGAAUCAGAAGAAGGUAAUGCUCGCAGGUCCGCCCGUCCGAGCGUUAUCGAGUGCAGUGAUUACAAGUGCAACAAGUGCGGUACCUUCUUUGCCCGCCAGUGCGGUCUGACUCAGCAUCAGAAGUGGAUCCAUGCCGAGCGGAAGUUUCAGUGUGAACGGUGCGGUAAGAAGUUCCCCUCGCAGGAUGAUUUGACCAAACACAUAAAGCGGCACGAUAUGCAAGACAAACCGUUCAAGUGUCUGCUUUGCCCCAAACAGUUUUGUCACAAAAAUGAUCUCCGCCGGCACAUGUACCGCCACGAGGAAAGCACUCCCUACAAGUGCGACCUUUGCCCGAAGUGCUUCAUCCGUAAGGACCAUCUGUUGGCCCAUCAGUUAUCGCACGAUCGUCGCGAUAAGAAGUGCAUCGAUAAGGAGAAUGGCAUUCUUUUCUAGGGCCUUAUCUGAACGAAUGGAGAGGAACCCCGCUAACGGUUUGCAUAUCAGGGGAGCACGUCUUCUCAAAGCAAUAACCUCAUAGAUACUAAUGAUUCAUUCUUUUGAUUUUUUGCUAAAUAAUAUUCAUACAAUGGCAAUCCGGUGACUAAUGCAAUGGAUUAGGCAGAUGCUGUCUUAAAGAUCUGCGUACUUAUUUCGGUUCCUUUUUAAAUGGAUAGUGUGCAAAACAAAAUGUUGUUUGUUAAAUGAUUGUAAGAAAACCGUUGUUCAUUCCCCAGUUAGCGGGGUCAGUUGUGCGAUCGUCAUAUUAAUUGUAUUUAUUUAAUAAUUUUUAACGAUUCAAUUGUACGUUGACAAAUAGUUCAUGUUUGUACAAUAAUAGUUUCAUUAUUUGACAAAGUACAUUUUAUGCGAUAUUGAUGCCUUACAUUUAUAUGCAAUGUAAACAUAUCUAAAAUAAUAAUAAUAUGAAUCAAUGUAAUUAGGAAUAAGAUUAAUAAUGCAACAAGAAGAAAAAUAAACAAUGAAGCGACUUAUAAGUUAAUGCUUAGCAUUGAAAACUUUAGAUACGUGAUUGAAACAGUGAAAACAUUUACUAGAACAUUUACAUUUACUAGAAAAGUAGUACGUGAUUUCUCUAGAUUUAAUGUGAAACUUUAUAAUUUUUAAAAAUCUUAUCAUUAAGUACAAUCUGUCGAAUUUAUGUGAAAAACUACCAUUUUUUUAUUAGUAUUUCAAUUAUGUAUUCAAAAUUAAUGAAAAAAUAUAAUAAUACAAAUGUUGUUCCCAAGAUA